AUGCAGAAGAGAAAGAAGAAAGAGCCAGCGAGGGGCUGCAAAACCCGGACUGGAUUCCGCCACGGGAAGGGACGGAGCAACAGCUGGUUCCAGACUGACAAGCUCCUGAGAGGCAAACAAGCCCUCCGCUGGGAGGGAAAGGGAGCCGCAGCCGCCAGGCGGAGCCGCCGCACACACCUACCUGUCUUGCUUGGCUCUCGGCAGCACCGGCGGGUAGGAAAAGCCCGCCCGCGGGGACCGAGGAGGGGGCGGGCGGCGGUGUGCGUAUGUUGGGGGCAAACGGGGGGGGGGGGGCCGAGUCCCAACCCGGCGGCUGUUCUGAUCUCCUCGCUGACUCUGUUUAUGGAGCCCCCCCCUCCGCCGCCGCCGCCAGAGUUCGCCCCCGUCACCCCCCAAGAGGCCAAGAGAAGAGGCCCACUGUCCGACCAAAAGCCCGCUCCCUCCAAGCCGGCCAGAGCAACAGGCGGCAAGCAAGCCAGGGCCGGCGGCGACCCAGGACACCCCCGAUCGGCCUUCCGAGAAAGAGCCCCGAGCUCAGCCUCUCGCUCUCCGCCCGCCCCGCUCGCUGCUGCUGCGCCCCCCUCUCUAAAGUCACCCCGGGUGAGACGGAGGGGAGGGAGGGUGAGGGGGCAAGAGCCCAGCCCGCAGCGAUCACCUCGUGGCCCUCGAGCCACCGCCGCUGGUGCACGACUUGAAGAGCCUGAGCCCCCCGGGGGCCCCUCCCGAGAAGCAGCAGCAGCAGCCACACGCGUUGCCCAAAGGAAAGCGCGGGGACAGAAGCAGGCAGCGGGCGGGCUGUGUGUGUGUGAUGCCCCCCUGCUCUGGAAGAGUCAACCCCCCAAGACCGGCCGGUCUCCUCGCCCGCCCCGCCCCCCCCCCCCCACACCUUGCUUGGGGAGCAAGGAUUCCCAAGGGGGCCGGAGCCCAGUCUGACUGCUGUCUCAUCCGGACUCCAGUCCUGCGCUUGUCUGGCGCAGGGGCUGCCAAUCAUCGGCAUUUCUGUUCUGGACAAACGUCCCCUGAGGAGCUGCCUGGGACCCCUCUGCUCUCCCGGGGCUGGCUCUGCCGCAGCAGCGGGGCGGGGAGGAGGAGAGGGAGGAGAAGGGCCGAGGGUGUGAAGGAGCCCACAGGGCACCCAACACUGCAGGAGGGGGGGGCGUGCCAGGGUCAGACAAGGAGGCUGGCCAGAGCGGGCUAGAAGAAACCUGUGCCUCUUCCAGCACACAGACACACACGCAGCAGCAGCCCGCAAGAAGAGACACAAAGAGGGGACAAAACAGGCACAGAACAAUACAGGCGCACACACACACACACACAGAGACAAUAGACACACAGAGCCACAUGGAGAAAUACACACAGAGCAUGAUGCACACAGGCUUGCACAUAGACCAACAUGAAGAACACAGAGACACAGGAGAACAAGGGAAACACAAAGACAAAGCGGCAACAAGAGCAGCAGACUCUCACACAGACUCGGGAAAACAGGAGUAUUCACAGGUUGCACCCACACAACCCUCUCACACUCACAAAGCUGCACUGAGGGUGCAGUUGUGCUCACGGCUCAACACAAUGUGGCAUACAACCACACAGAGUGGACUCUGUGUGUGUGUGUGUGUGUGUGUGUACGCGUGCGUGUGCACACACACACACACCACAUGUCCAGGAAAUAUGUGGGCCCAUUCCUCAGGCACUCUCCUCCUUUGCUAUUUCCAAGAUUUCUAGAGUUUGGUGCCUGUGGAAGAGCUGUGGACACUGGGAAGGAAGGCCAGAUCUCCCUAUAGAAGGCCUACUUGGGAAGAGAGAGGAGCUGAACUCUCUGACAGCCAAGAGCCGUUCAAUGUGGGGCUUCCGGAAUUCAAGUUUUACCUACCCCUACUUUGUGAAGGUCUUUACUGCCAGAGCCAAGAAUGAGCUAGCAGAACAGAUGAUCCAGUGGAAAGUUGUUUCUGUAGGUGAAGUGGCAGUUCCCUGCUGUCUGUCUUCCUCUGUCAUGAUCCCACCAAGAAGAGAGAACCUUUAGUCACUACAGCUGCAGGAAACCCUGCCACAACAACUUCGCAUUCACGUGCCUAGAAGCCUCCACGUAAGAUGAUGCUUGCUAGUCACCAUACUCCAUUUCCUCUGCCUUUAUGGGGUUUCCUGCCAAAUGCACAACAGGUCAGGAGUAGUGGCCUGAUUUUCUGGGAACUGGGGUCUCACCAUCUUCCUUCUCCUUGCCAGGGGGGCACACCUCUACCUAAGGCCAGGAAGGAAGCUCUGUCUUGCAUUGCCUGCCCAUAUUGACUCACGCUCCCUAACUAACUCCAAGGUUGCCAGAACCUAAGGGGUAUACUCGUGGGUCAAAUGGGCCGUAAGCCAGAAUUUGGCUUUAAAAAGCCACAUCUGGCCACCUAGCUGUCCACUGGGGGGGGGAGCAUCUCCUGAUGGGGAGAUGUGAUAUCAUCAUCUUGGGAUCAGCAAGUGGUGGCCUUUGAGCCAACCAUGACCCCUAAGGGCUACCAUUUGACUGAAGAAAGUAAAAGGGAGCAGCAGCUGUGGCCAUGGGAUUUGCUGGCCUGCCCAUAAGAGGAGUGCCUCACCAUCCGAACUCAAAGCAGCUCUUCAGUACAGCCAAAGACUGUACUGUGCGGUACUGUUCAGUAGACCGGGAAACUAAAGGCUUUUCAUGGGUGUGGUUGG